AUGGUGUUGCUCAAAGUGCUGCUGUUAUUGCUUCAAAUAAUCCACACUGAGUUUCAUGAGAAUGUUAUCAAAUGUCCCAUCCGUGAGCCCAUCUAUAGUCCUUAUAAAUAUCACAACACUGGCCACAUCAUGAUUGGAGAGACUACCUCACAGAUGCUGUUAUUUUUUGAUCAACUUUCGUUUAAUACAUACCCUACUCCUGAUUUAGAAUCUGCCAUGAUUAUUACAAAGAAUUACCAGCACGUCCUGGCCUUUAUAUUUGCUGUAACGGAAAUCAAUGAGAAUCCCAAUAUCUUACCCAAUGUCUCAUUGGGAUGCUAUUUCUCUGAAGGCUUCUUCAAUCAAAAGAAAAUUUACCAAAAUGCAAUGGAAUUUUUCUCCACACAGAAUACAUUUGUCCCCAACUAUAAGUGUGACAUUGAGACCAGCCUAAUCUCAGUCAUUGCGGGACAGGGUUCUGAGUAUUCCCAUCGGCUGGCUGACAUUUUGGACCUGUAUAAGCUGCCACAGUUCAGCUAUGGUGAUUUUGCACCCACGUUGAAAGGUCAAUCCCAUUUUCCUUAUUCAUACCGAAUGGCUCCAAAUGAAAUCCAUCAGUACGAUGGGAUUCUUCAGCUACUUCUGCAUUUCAGAUGGAUGUGGGUGGGUCUAAUGACCAUGGCUGACAAUAUUGGAGAAUUAUUUUUAAAGAAUCUAGUACCAAUACUUUUCCGAAAUGGCAUCUGUUCUGCUUUCACAGAAAAAAUUGCUACAUUCAACUUUUUUCAUGAAUUCUUCGAUGCACAACAAAAAUGGAAGGAAACAUUUUUAACUCUCAUGCAAAGUAAAGCAAACACUGUUAUUGUCCAUGGAGAAGCUCCGACCAUGAUAUGCUUGAGAGGGUUAUUACGCCAAGGAGAACAUGACUUUGAGAAAGCAUUUGGUAAAGUGUGGGUUAUGACAACCCUAUUGGAUUUCAUAGCAGUGGCCAUGCACAGGGAUUGGGAUGUUCAUAUCUUCCAAGGGGCCUUAGCCUUCACAACUCAUUCACAUGAAGCUCUGGGAUUCCAAGAUUUUCUCCAAAACUUAAGCCCUGAUUUGUCCAAGGGAGAUUAUUUCAUCCAAAUAUUCUGGGAGCAAGUAUUUGGGUGUUCAUUUCCAAAUUCUGAUUUUAACAGAGAUUCCGAGGAAACUUGUACAGGGAAGGAGAAGCUGGAGAGGGUUCCGGCACCUUUUUUUGAAAUGAGCAUGACUGGCCACAGCUACAGUAUCUACAAUGCUGUCUAUGCUGUGGCACAUGCACUGGAUGCCUGGCAGUCAUCUAGAGCCAAAUCCAAAUCGAGAGCAAAAGUAGAGAGUGAGAGGCUCCAGUAUGUGGAUCUGAAACCAUGGCAGCUCCAUCAUUUUCUGAGGAACAUCUCAUUUAACAACAGUGCAGGAGAAAGUGUACAUUUAAAUGAGAAUGGCGAAUUCUUAAUGGGCUUUGAUAUUACAAAUGUAGUCUCUUUUCCUAACAAGUCCUUUUACAGAUUGAAAGUCGGAUGGAUGAAUCCUUGGAUACAUUCAGACAAACAUUUCAGCAUUGAUGAAGAUGUGAUUGUGUGGAACGGAAUCUUUAACCAGGUGAUACCCCUUUCUCUCUGUAAUGACAACUGCCAACCUGGUUAUCAUAAGGAAAAGAAGGAAGAAGAGCCAUUUUGCUGCUACAAUUGUGUUUCCUGUCCAAAAGGGAAGAUAUCUGACCAGACAGACAUGGAUUAUUGCACAGCAUGCCAGGACGGUCAUUAUCCAAACAAAGACAAAAAGCAAUGUAUACCGAAGGCAGUAACGUUCUUGACUUAUGAAGAACCUUUGGGGAUGAGUUUAGUCAUUUUCAUUAUUUUAUCUUCCUUCAUCACAACUCUGGUUCUAGGGACUUUCAUAAAGCACCAUGACACUCCCAUUGUCAAAGCCAACAACCGGGACCUCACCUACACUCUCCUUAUCUCACUCUUUUUCUGCCCCCUUUGUGCAUUUCUGUUCAUUGGACAGCCUGAUAAGGUGAUGUGUCUCUUCCGGCAGAUUGCUUUUGGCAUUGUCUUUUCUGUGGCUGUGUCUUGUGUAUUGGCAAAAACCAUCACAGUGGUUCUGGCUUUCAUGGCAACCAAACCAGGAAGCAACAUGAGGAAAUGGGUGGGGAGAAAAAUGACCACUUCCAUUGUUCUUUGCUGCUCCUUCAUCCAAGCAGCCAUUUGUGGGAUAUGGCUGGCAACCUCUCCCCCCUUCCCAGAUGUUGACAUGCACUCAGUGCCUGAAGAAAUUGAACUGGAAUGCAAUGAAGGCUCUGUGAUUAUGUUUUACUUUGUCUUGGGCUACAUGGGCUUCUUGGCUUUUGUUAGCUUCAUUGUGGCUUUCCUGGCUAGGAACCUACCAGAUAGUUUCAAUGAAGCCAAGUUCAUCACUUUCAGCAUGUUGGUCUUUUGCAGUGUGUGGUUAUCCUUUGUUCCAACUUACCUGAGUACCAAGGGAAAAUACAUGGUGGCAGUGGAGAUCUUCUCCAUCUUGACCUCCACCAUGGGGUUGCAGGCUUGCAUUUUCUUCCCUAAAUAUUACAUUAUUGUGCUGAGACCUGAUCUGAACAAAAGGAAUCAACUAUUAAGGAGAAAAGCUUAAUACUUAUCUAAUAAUGCAAUUACAUAUUUCUUAGUGCUCAGAGAUAUGGACAUACUGAUUGACAUGCAAAAAUUAUCUGUUACAUUGUGCCAACAUGUUCUUAUGCUUCUACUCAAACUUGUGCAAAUGUAAUUCAGCAGCACUACCUAUAUUGGAUGAAGUGCCCUGCAUCAUAACACAAGUGGUUCUGUUGCUUCUGCACUGUUCUGUACAUCUAAAAUAUAUGUCCACAUUGCUGCACAACAGGGCUGUUCCACUAGUACUGAACAUUGCCCAGUUGUGUGAUGCAAUGCAACUUGCAUUAUUCUCCAACCAAUUUUUAUGACACCAUGCAAUUACUAUGUAGUAAUAUAUGAUACUAAGAUGUAG